CCGGUCACAUGAUAACAAAAUGGCAGAAGGACAAGGACAAGAUAGUGAUGACAAUUCGGACAAUUUUAACGACCAAAGUCAAGAUUUUCUGUUAAAUUUAAAUAACGGUCAAGUUAAUCUGGAGACAAUUGUUCAUGCAUAUACCAACGAGUAUGAGAACCUGGACACAACCCUCAAUGAAAUUGACAGCUGGAUGGACAAGUUGGAGGCACAAAAUGACAGCCUCAGUUCCCAACUGGAUGAACUUCUUGCUUCCAGCAAACAAGCAAGGAGAGAAAUUCAUGAAGAAUUGAGUGUUUCUCAGGCAGCAGCAAGAUUGGAUAUAGACCCACAAGAAACAACCUAUGAGCAAGCAGAUGCUUCAGUGGAAUCUGAUAAAGUGGAUGGAGUAGAAGUGCCAUGUGCUAAAGACAAUGUAAAAGUAAACAGCGUCACCAACUCAGGGGCUGGUGAUAAAGGAUCAGAAAUUACUACAACUACUGAUGAUUGUGUUCAAGAUGCACAAUGUGAUUCUGACGCUAAGUCAAAUUGAGAAAAAAAAGUACUUGUAGUUAGAUUGUGUUCAGUAAUAAUGUUCAGUAAUAAUUGUUCUGUAUUCAAGAUGACAGUGGCAACAAAUUCAGAGUGGGACCAAUGCAUAUAACUGGGCCGGUAAACUGAUUGUACAAAGGCAGUUUUGCAAGAAAUGCUGACUAUUGCCAGAGAUCGGAAGAGCUGAUGAAGCCCAAUGCUGACUAUUGCCAGAGAUUGGAAGAGCUGAUGAAGCCCAAUCAGAUAGUUUUUCUAUUUUUGUCAAUAUCCAUUAACCUUCAGCCAAUUAGUAUUGUACGUAGAUAUAUAAUAACCAGGCAUUCUGGUUUAUUUUGAUAUUAAAAUUAAUGUGUUUCUGUUAUAUAUACUGUUUAGUGCAUUCUGCUGGUUGAGACUUAACAUUAAAGGUCAGAGCAGUGUUUAAACAUUAUUAUUAUUUAAUUUUCUUAGAACAAACAAAACAUUCUCCUAUCCUGGAAAUUUAGAGUGCCAAAGUCUAAAAGAUUAAUUAAGAUUUUUUUUUAAUUCUUGUUUUAUUGACAGUGUGAAAGUUCAGCCUAAGUAAUUAUGUCAAUAUUCAAGCUGAUUUUCAAGACCGAGUAUAUUUUCUAAUUAUAUGUAUUACUUUUAUUUUGUAAUAUUCUCAUAUUUAUCUGAUUAGAACUUUAUCUAAUAUUGUCUCAAAAUUUACACAAAAUAUUCAUGGCUGUAUGUUGAAAUUUGUAGAAGUUCUAAUUAAAUUACAAAUAGUAAUUAAUUUGUAUCUAUCCAGUAGUCAUUACAAUUAUUAUUUUGUUGCCAUUUUUACAAAAUGUACACUGGUAUUUAACCCAGAGAAAUUAUUGUCUUUCGCUUAUAUCAGGAAAUUAAAGUAGAAGAAAACA